AUGAAGACGAAACGCCAACCUUCCAAAACACCAGCUCCAGCACCAACACCAUCUCCCGCCGAGGCUACCUCCAAACCCCUUUGGAAGCAACAACCACAAAGCGCCUUCCUCCGACUCCCAGGCGAGCUCCGCAACAUCAUCUACCAACUCGUCCUCGUCGACCAAAUCUCCAACGACUACCUCACCCUCUCCCGGCUCUGCCAACCACCUUUAACCGCCACAUGCCGCCAGAUCCAGCACGAGAGCCUGCCCAUCUUUUUCGCCGAGAACUGCUUCAAACUCACCAUCCACAUAACCCAAGACUGGCACCUCAGCCCUCUCCUCGACCCGGAUACGGAGCGCUGGGUCAAAGCCGCGGGCGCCGAUGCCAGAGGCUUGCAGGAAGUCCGGUUUUUCGUCAACCGGCCCGGCCGGCCUGGGAAGGGUGCCUCUCGUGCUAUGGAUCUCCUGCCGAGGAAGAAUCCCCAUUUCGAGACGGAUUGGAGUCUCAGCAUGAGGCGGGACCACUCCGAUCUUCCUCACUGUCCAGAUUACUUCAUGGCUAUGCACUGGACUAAGCUCGCCAAGAGCGAGGAGAAAAGGGAAUCGCUGACGUUUGACGACGUCGUUGGGAUCGGAAAGGAAGUCGCGGAGAUGUGGGCUCCUAUCGGGCACAGAUGGUUGAUGAGGCGGUUCGGGAAGGUGAGACUGGAGUCAUUGAGCAAGAUCAGAGCGGUUGUGACGAAGGUCUGGCCGAAGAAGUGGGUUUUUGAAUUUGUGGAUCCGACGUGUGCGUGUAAGGCGUGUAGAAAGAGGAGGAGGGAGGCCAAGAAAGAGACGAGCAGGGCGAAAGGUGGCGGGUCAGGGGAUGGCGGGAAUGGGGUCGUUGUGGCGAACAAGUAG